AUGGAUUUACCUCAAUUAACAAAAACCUAUACCUUUUUAAAUGAAAUUUUAAAUAAGUAUGAUACUUUCAAUAAUCCUGUGUCUAAUGAAGAUGUAAAUGUUAAUAUUUUAAAUUUAUGUGAUAAUUACAAUACAUUUACUACUAAUCUUACACUAGAGCAAAAACACACAUGUAAGAAACUUUUAAGAAACUUGUUAUUAUGUAAUGAUCCACAGAUAGUUCAUCCUAUAAAGUGCUGUAGUAUUUUAAAUUUCUGGUUAUAUUUUGAAAUGAAAAAAUAUAGACUUUCCAAUGGUAUUAUCAACGAGAUUUUUGAAUUAUCUUAUGAGAGUAUAAAUGCAGAGCAUAAAAAUAAAUAUUGUGCUCCUUAUGAUUCAUCUAAUGAAAAACUCUAUAAAUCUGAGGAAUUAAUAAAAUUGGGUAUAUUUAUUGUCAAUGAAGAUGAAUUUAAAAUAUUAUUAAAUAAUAAGGAUUAUUUGAAAAAUUGCAUUUUCAAAAGGUAUUUUUAUGAAUGCGUUAAUACAUACAUAAAUUUGAAUGGACAAUCCUGUCCUGAAGAAAUAAAAGACAUUACUUAUAACGAAGACAUAUGCUCAAUUUUAGCUAAUUUUAGAGCUUCAUACCAAUCUUUCCUUAACGAGGCAAAAAGCAAAGGCUAUGAAUUACCAUAUUUAACUUCUCCUAAUCCAUAUGUUGUUGACUCAUGUACAUGGAAAGAAACUAACAUAGAAUCAUCUUCUACAGUUUCUAAUAAUUUAAAUAAGUCUAUAUCACGUAGUGUUCCCACUGCAAUUGGUACAAUGUCUGCAAUACCUCCCUUUUUAGCGUUGAUAAUGUAA